CUAGAACAAUGGGCCGAGCGUGCUCGAGUUGAUCUCUGUGUGUGUGUCUGUAUGCAUAGGCGUCGCGGCUGAGAGGCUCUGCGCAGUCAAAGCUGAUCUGUUCACUUUAUCUUUCUUGCUUUAAUUUCUCUCUCUCGGCUCAGAUCCAUCCGGCUCAGAUCUAGCCCCGCCGAUCCUUGUUUUCCAGCUUCGAUCUCCCUCCAUUUCCUCUCAAUCUUUUUUCUGACCGCUCUUUGUGAUGCUUGGCCUCCAACCAGAGAUGCCGUGCACAGACCUCAAUUCAGUGCUUCAUGGUUGUGUUUCUUAGCACUGAGAAGUUGAAUUGAAGAAGGAGGAUUCUGUUGAUUGUGUUUCUAAUGAAUUUUGGGACAGGAACAGUUAGUGGUAAGGCAGGGAACCAAAUGGACUGGACUGCAAAUAACACAUUUAAAUCUUUCAAAGAUAUGGAACCCAAAUCCAUGAUGGAUAUCGCAAUCAUUCCAAACAUUGAAGCAAUAGAUAUUGGAUUGGGUUCUUCAGAAAAGGCAAAUGCUAUUACUUCCGCAAAACCGAGAAAGAAGACAAUGACAUCAGUUUAUCUCAAAUUUUUUGAAACAGCUCCUGAUGGGAAAAGUAGGAGGUGCAAAUUUUGUGGACAGAGCUAUUCUAUUGCGACUGCCACUGGCAAUUUGGGAAGGCACCUGAGUAAUCGGCAUCCAGGAUACGAUAAGUCAGGGGAUGUUGUCAGCAAUCCAGCACCACAGCCCAUAACUGCAAUCAGGAAAUCUCAACCUCAAGGGAAAGCUCCCCAGGUGGAUUAUGAUCAUCUAAAUUGGUUGCUCAUUAAGUGGCUCAUUGUAGCUUCUCUCCCUCCUUCGACAUUGGAAGAAAAGUGGUUGGCAAACUCCUAUAAGUUUCUAAACCCAUCAAUACAACUCUGGCCAGGUGAGAAGUAUAAAGCAGUAUUUCGUGAAGUUUUCAGAAGCAUGCAGGAAGAUGUAAGAGCAUCUUUGGAACAGGUUUCUUCAAAGGUCUCCAUUACACUAGACUUCUGGACUUCCUAUGAACAAAUUUAUUAUAUGAGUGUGACAUGCCAGUGGAUUGAUGAGAACUGGUCUCUCCAAAAGGUUCUUCUUGAUAUCUGUCACAUUCCUCACCCUUGUGGGGAUACCGAGGUAUAUCACUCCCUGGUGAAGGUUCUUAAGAUGUAUAAUAUUGAAAAUAGAGUCCUCUCCUGCACUCAUGAUAACAGUCAAACUGCCAUCCAUGCCUGCCAUUCUUUGAAAGAGGGCUUGGAUGGUCAGAAAGGAGGUCCUUUUUGUUACAUCCCCUGUGCUGCUCGUACUUUGAACUUGAUCAUAGAUGACGGAUUGAGAACCACAAAACCAGUAAUCUCUAAGAUCCGGGAGUUUGUACUAGAAUUAAAUGCAUCCUCAGAGAUGUCGGAUGAUUUUAUUCAGUUUACUACAGCAUAUCAAGAAGGUAGUUGGAAAACUCCACUGGAUGCUUCAGCAAGGUGGAGUGGCAAUUACCAGAUGCUAGAUAUUGUGCGCAAGGCUAGCAAGUCUAUGGAUGCUGUUAUCAGGAAGUAUGAGGAGACGCUUGGCAAUAAUAGGAUGCUGAGUUCCGCAGAGAAGAAUGCAGUCAGUAUCGUGCAUCAAUAUUUAGAACCCUUUUACAAAACCACAACGAACAUAUGCACAAACAAGGUGCCCACAAUUGGGCUGGUUCUAUUCUUCAUGGAUCACAUCUCCGAAACAAUUGCUGUCUGCAGAGAAUCCCGUCACAGCCCAGACUGGCUAAAGAAUGCUGCCGAAGACAUGGCCAUAAAGGCCAGAAAUUACAAUAACCAGGUUUGCAAUAUAUUUACAUACAUGACAGCAAUUCUUGAUCCUCGAAUCAAGGGAGAGCUAAUUCCUGAGAGUCUCAGCUCAGGAAAUUAUCUUGAGGAAGCAAGAACCCAUUUCAUGAGAAAUUAUUCUACCGGCCAUUUUGCAUCCAUGACUAGUGCAUACAGUGCUCCAGAGAUUGAAGAUGGAGGGAGUGUCUCUUUUGCAGAAGAAAUUGCUCGAAAGAAACGAAGGGUGAGCAUGAGUACCGCCACUGAUGAACUCACACAGUAUCUGUCAGAGCCUCCAGCUCCAAUACCAACGGAUGUUCUGGAGUGGUGGAAGGUCAAUAGCACACGCUACCCACGACUUUCUCUGAUGGCUCGAGAUUUCUUGACUGUGCAGGCAACUUCUGUAGCACCUGAAGAGUUGUUCUGCAGCAAAGGUGAUGAGAUAGAUAAGCAACGAAUUUGUAUGCCACAUGAAACUGCGCAGGCGCUCCUUUGUAUCAGGUCAUGGACCCAUGGAGGAAUCAAGUUAAAGUUCAAGUCUACUGAGAUAGACUAUGAGAGAUUGAUGGAAUUGGCAGCUGCAGCUGCAGCAGAUAAUAGUAAUGCUGCUUCUGACAAGAAACAAAAAUGAUGAGAGAGAGACAGCAUUGCUUGGUGUCUUAUGGGUAUUGUCCGUACAUUUCCAUAAACAAAGAGAUCCUCCUUUGGCCAAAAAAAAAAAAGAAGAGAAAGAAAAAAGGAGACCAGACGGAGCUUUUAGUCAUAUCUUUAGAUGGCUACUUGUAAUUUACCUUCCAACUCAGAAAGAGUUGGAAUGGGUGUGCAAUACACAUUUUCACUUUUGUUGUAUGUAUAACGUAAUGUAUUGAUGUACAGUUGAACUGAAAAUGCUAACGAGAGGGAAACGCAGGAGUAAUGUUA